GGUACAUAAGAGGUUCCCAGUCUCACCCGCUAAGGAUUCAGAGAGAGAGAGAGCUUGUGAAAGAAUGAGUCUGAAAAAGAGAGAGACUGAGAUAUAGGAAGGUGGUAGUAGCAGCAGAUUCUGAACAUACCAGUCAGUAGUAGUGGGGUUGUUUCUCUAGCAACCUCUCAUCUCUCAUACAGAACUGAUAGAUGAAAUAGAUUGAUAAUGUGUUGAUCCUCCAGGGGAAAUCCAGUCAGAAACAGAAGAAGUGGGACAGAUCUAAACAGACAGCUGAUCUCUAUAGAUUUCCAGGUUAGUCAGGUCAGUCUCUCUGAGAUAGAAUCUCUUCUACAAGAGGGACCUGGGAAGUGAAAAAGAAGGCGCUGAUCUGAAGAGAGGGGUUUUUCUGGUCGGUGAGAGAGAGAGAGAGAGAGAGAGAGAGAGAGAGAGAGAGAGAGAGAGAGAUGGGCAUUCCCCUGCCUGGCUGUGUGUCCCUGACCCCCCUGGUCUUGACCCUGACCCUCACCCUGCUGCUGGCCCUCAGGCUGGACCACCUGGUGGAAGCAUGCAGCUGCAACCCAGCCCACCCCCAGCAACACUUCUGCAGCGCUGAGAUAGUGAUCAGAGCAAAGAUCUCUGGGGAAAAGGUUGUGUCUCCUAGCAACAGCUCUUCUCCUUACCUGAAGAUGAUCCAAUAUGAGAUCAAACUGAUCAAGAUGUUUAAAGGCUUUGAGAAGGUGAAGGACAUCCAGUAUGUGUACACACCCGUCUUCUCCUCCCUGUGUGGAGUCAAACUAGACUCCAACAACAAGGUCCACUACUUGCUGUCAGGUAGUAUGUGGAGUGAUGGGAAGGUGUCCAUUGGACUGUGUGAUCUGGUAGAACCCUGGGACAACUUGUCCAUGUCGCAGAAGAAGAACCUCAACUACAGAUACCAGAUGGGCUGUGACUGCAAGAUUGCUACCUGCUACUCAGUGCCUUGUGCCACCACUACGGAUAAUGAGUGUCUUUGGACCGACUGGCUGCUGGUUAACAGUCUGAGUGGGGAGCAGGCCAGACAGUAUGCCUGCAUCAAACGCUCAGACUCUUCCUGCAGCUGGUACCGGAGCGGCCCACCACCAGAGAAUGACUUCAUGGACAUGUCAGACCCCUGAGAGGGGUAGAAUUGGGGUUAGGGAGGUGCUUCUGUACUCCAGGACAGAGAGAGAAGAGGAGCACUGACUACACUACUGCUGCGUUCAUGUGCUACUUGGAAAUUCAUACACGUUUGACUGGGAAACUUGAGUUGCUGUUUUCUCAUGGAAUUAUCAAUAAUACAGUUUCCAACAUCCAAAACAAUGUUUAGUAGGAUUGCUGAGUUUCUGAUUUUCAGAGGAGCACAUGAACGAAGCACCAGACACAGAAUAUCUCUUCCUAUUUCCUGACUAGUUCUCCAGAGUCCAGAGGCUCCUUGUAUCUCCUCCUCCCUCUGACUUAGGGAUGAGGUCUGUCCUGUCACUAUGUAUGUAUGACUAUGAAGGUAACAAGAGACAGGAAAUGCCCCGACACAACCCAGGCAGAAAAGGAGAGAUGGAGUGAUGUAUGACUAUGAAGGUAACAAGAGACAGGAAAUGCCCCGACACAACCCAGGCAGAAAAGGAGAGAUGGAGAGUGAUGUCAGCCUCUUCUGUGUAUUUUCCCUCUCUAGUACUGUAAAGAACAAACUUUCCAUGCAUUCAGGUUUCUGUGUGUUUUCUCACUAUAUUGCAUGUCCUACUGCCAUCUAGACAUUACAGUAGAUUCUGAAGUUUUGGAAAUGCAGUACAAAACCCACUGGAUUCAGUCCUUUGAGCUUGUACAAGUAUGAAAUCACCACUAGACACUCAAGUCUUAUAUUCAGUAUAUUGGAAAAAUUAUCCACAUUAGAUACAAACAUCUAAAUUCGAGUAAUGUACAAUAUCUACAGAUGAUCUGUGAUGAACACACUAAAAUGCCUGUGUCCUGUGUGAGAAUGUGUACAUACUGUAUGAUUAUAACUGUUCCAGUGUUAACAACAGCUAAACUACAGUAAAAAGGUACUCUGAGUACAACAUUGAUGUCCAUUUUAAUAGUUGUGUGUAUUACUUCCUUGUGGCCCAUGUACUGUUGAUGCAUUGUGGCAAAAAAAGCUAAUCCACUGGUUUAACAUACACACCAGUAGAAGUCAAGUCAGUCUCUCCUUAGCAACAUGUUUUAUAUUUAAAGGAAUGGUUUAAAAAGUAUUUAAUUGUCUUUUUCUAUAGCUUUCUAUUUCACUGUACCAAAAACAUAUAAAAUCCAGAUCCAGGA